UGGCGUAGGGGGCAGCACUGUGCAUUUUUUGACAUUUACAUAAACAAUACUCCUUUGUUCGUUAUUUAUUUAAAACCCUAAUUUACCGUAAUUGUGAUCGUUGUGUUGUGCAUUAAUCGCCUCUAACUCAAUUGCGCCGCCGCUUCUUCCAGUGUCCUUAAUACAAAUGGCCUUGAGCCAAUAAUGAAACCCCAUCUGGCUAACCUAUCACAGCUCCAUUAAAGCCCAUCAUUUUAAUGAACCUUUCCGUGAUGUGCAAACCAUGGGUGCAUGUUUAUCGCUAGAACGUGAAGAAGGUAAGGCCCGGAAGCGCUCUGAAGAAAUCGACAGACAGCUCGGAGAGCUCGCCAAGCAGCAGAGCAAUGUCAUCAAAAUCCUGCUUCUCGGUGCCGGCGAGAGCGGCAAAAGCACCUUGGUCAAACAGAUGAAAAUCAUCCACGCCGACGGGUUCACCCAUGCCGAGCUCAGCAGCUUCAGACCCACAGUAUUAGACAACCUUUUAGCUUCCAUGAAGUAUGUCUUGGCCGGCAUGGGUAUCCUACGUAUUAAUUUGGAGCAGCCAAGGAACAAAACUCACGCUCAAGUUGUUCUGAUGAGUCGCAGCUGUUUUGAUAUGAGUUUUACUGUGCUUCCGAACGUGGCAGCUUCUUUACAAGCGUUGUGGUCAGACAGGGGGGUGAGAUUAGCGGUAGCUAGAGGCUAUGAGUACGAGUUGAACGACUCUGCGCUUUAUUUAUUUGAAAAUAUGGAACGAAUCUGUGAUCCUAAAUAUGUGCCAACACCGACGGAUGUGUUGAGGGCGCGUGUACGUACUCAAGGAAUUAUUGAAACUCAUUUUCGGAUUAAUGAUAUGAUUGUCAGCAUGUAUGAUGUUGGUGGGCAGAGGUCUCAGAGGAGGAAGUGGAUUUAUUGCUUUGAUGACGUCCGGGCUGUUCUAUUUGUGGUUUCUCUGAGUGGAUAUGAUAUGUCAUUAUUGGAGGACCCCAGCGUCAACCGCCUGGACGAAAGCCUCAACCUCUUCGGCCAAAUCGUCAACAACCCCUUCUUCCGCGAGGCUUCGUUCGUACUCUUCCUGAACAAGUUCGACUUGUUCAGGGAAAAAAUUUUAUACUCACAGCGGCACCUGCGCCUUUAUUUUCGGGACUACAAAGGACCGGACGGGGACGUAGACAGGGGCGCUCUCUUCAUCCAACACAAAUUCGUGUUGAAAAACGCCGACUCUCGGAAAGUACUCUAUCCGCAUUUCACUACUGCCACUGACACCGCCAACGUCCAAGUCGUCUUUCAAGCCGUUAUGGAGAUGGUCAUUUCCACCAAUCUGGGACAGGUUACUUUAUUGUAGAGAGUUACGCUUGUAGUCUUGACAGAGUUCCUUAGCUGCCAUUUUUAUUUUUAAUAUUUUAUUUUGUGUAUUCGGAAAUCGUGGCAGUUUUAGUUGUAUUUUUGUUAGUAUUAGUGGAUUUUGAAAAAAUCUGGCGCCGCGACGGCCCCUUUUCCCGUUUCCCGCUUCCCGGAUCCUGGCUUGUGAUUGGUGCGUCGUCGGUCGCGAUUGGCGGCGGCGGCGCACGCGCUCUCUUUUCGUGUUUGUGAUUGGCCAAGCACGACCACUCCCCCCGUUGCGGCGCGGCAUAUUUAAAAUAGAUCUCAUGAUGUGUUCAAAGAGUCGAAGAAAUUAUUUAAGAAUCAAUCUUCAAACUUGCCUCUAAGGUUGCAUCUUGACGCCUGUGAUACAGUGGCCUUAAAAUUUGUGCGAAUAUUUUUGUAACGAUGUAAUCACGCGUUGUGAUAAAGAUAGCGUAGCUUUACAAAUAAGUUUACUUUUGUAUUUUCUCGUUUUUGUAGUGUUGUUUUUUUCAAUAAAGUUUUAAACUCGG